AUGUUUAAUAUAAUACGGCCAGUGAUAAAGACAUCUAAAAAUUUGGUGAUACCCAAUGUGAGGACACGAUGUUUGAUUAGAAUGUUAAGUGAUGGUGCCAGGCCCAGUGAUCAGGGAGUUGUUUCUGCUGUGGAUGAUUAUCAAGUACAGCUAAAUAACAUUUUAAAUGGACCAUGUUCAACUAAAAAAUUAUUGAAAACUAUAAAUCAAUUUUAUAUUCCUCAUCAAUUUAGUAUAUUAGAUUUGGCUAUUCAAAAAGGGCAUCAUAAGGGGAUAAUAAACAAUUUAAUAAGAGAUUUUUUCCAUUCUUCAAGCGCAAGAGAGUUUUUGAUUUUAGAAAUGGCUAAAAAUUCACAUAUAGAUUUACAAAGAACAAGGAAAAUUCUAUUAAAAUUAUAUCAAUCAAGAGGAGGGAAACAAUCAGAACUUUGGUAUCCUACAAUAGGGCCAUUAGAUUAUCAUAGAUUUCUAAUGAAAGACGAAACAAAUGUUAUAAUUACCAUCAUUAAUAUUGCAUUGAAUAAUAAUUUAACUUCAAUGGCUUUCCAUACAUUUAUGGAUCAUAAAGAACGAUUUGAAAAAAAUUCAAUAUUUCAACAAGAAGUGCUCAAUAGUCUUAUAUUGAAAAAUCCAUUACAAGAUGAAUAUCAAUUGAAAAAUAUAUUGGAAUUUCAAAAUCAUUUUAAUACAAAAUUUAAUCAAUUUCAAGCUAAUCAAAUAAUGUCUAAAAUUUCAACACCAACUACAACUCCAUUAUUCUUUAAGACUAUAUCACAAUUAGUCAUUGAUAAUUCACCAUUAACUAUGGAAUCAUAUAUCAAUACUAUAUAUGAUCUAAUAUCAAGAGAAGUCUAUAACAAUAAUCCAGAAUCUUGUGCUGAGAAUUGGCUCAAAAUAAAAGGUUAUUAUUCUAAUAUAGCACAACAUGAUUUAAAUAUAUUGGCAAGUUUAAUCAGUAUCUUUACCAAAAAUUUAAAAUACAGACCUCUUGUCGAAGAAAUCAUUUUACAAUUACCAUCAGAUUUAUAUGGUGAUCCAAUAUUAGUUGUUCCAUUAUUAGAAUUUGCUACAGAGAAGAGAAGAUCAGAUUUAGCAAAUGAAAUUUGUUUAAAAAUUCAACCACCAAUUUCAAGAAGAUUAUUAUCAUCACUUUUAAAACUUCAUAUUGUGUUUGAUGAUACUGUUGGUACUGAAAGAAUUUUCCAAGAAAUUAAUAAAAGUGGUGAACCUUUAACGAAAGGUGAUUAUCAUGCUAUUGUUUCUAAAUUAUUAAGGAAAGAUGAAUUCUUGAGAGCGCUGAGUAUUGUUCAAAGUAUACCUAUUAAUAUUUCGGAAUCUUCUUAUGUGGCAUUGAUUAAUUAUAUUGUUGAUGAUUCAUUGAAGAAUAAAUUAGAAAUUUCUGAUAAGAAUUUAGCAAUUAUUGAUACGUUAUUAAAUAAGAUGGAACAAUUUAAUCCAAAAAAUCAUGGAUUUUGGGAAAGAAUUUCAGGUUUAUAUAUAAAAUAUCUUGCACAUUCUAAAAACAUUGAAAAUUUACAAAUUGCUAAACAAAUUUAUUUAAAUUCAACAUCUGAUCCAUUAGUUAAGAAAUAUUUAUCAACAAAUUAUCAAAAUUCAAAAGCUCAUAUACCAGGUUUAGAAAUAACAUAUAAUCCAUUCUCUAUAAUUCAAAAACCAGAAAAGAUAAUAUUAAAAAUUUCCAAUUCUUCACAAGUUAUCAUUUUGAAAACUAUUGCAGAUGGUGCAAUUAAAUUAAAAGAUAAAAAUUCAUUAAAUUUUGCCCUAGGAUAUUUAACUAAAUUAGGCUUUACAAAACAAGAUUUAAUUAAUGAUUUUUCAAGAAAAUAUUCUAAAACUAUAUCAAAUAUGGGAUUUAGUAUUACCAAAAAUCAAAGAAAUAGAAAUAUUGAAAAUCAUCAAUUGAAUUUUAUGAAGAAUAGAAAAUUUUUAGCACCAGUUGAUAAACAAAAGAAAUUGAAAUGA